CGGCCGUGGCGAUGAGGCCGGCAGUGCCUUUGCGGUACGUUGGUGAUGUGCCGGGACCACUGCUGGCCUUGCUGCAUGAACCGUGGAUGUUGAAAAACAUUGCGGCAUCGCAGUGAAUUUGAAGGGUGACAGGGGUUCCCUCAUUCAUGGCUUGAGCCUCGCAGGCAUAGGAUGGACUGUCAACUCCUCUGCAGGCGCUGAAGUGACUUCACAAACAGCGGCCGUGAGCCGAAGACCUCGCACGGGUGACACGUCUGCUCCGGAAAAGGCUUAGAGAGAUAUGGAGAUUGAAAGAAUCAUUCAAGACACACUGACACGCUUCAUCCAGUCCCAUGUCCCUGCAGCAGAUCUCAGUGGGAUGGAUGAUGUUUUCUUCUCUUACAUCACGGGUGUCCUGGAAGAGCUGGGCUCACCAGAGUCCUCUGAAGAGACUUUUGACAUGGACACCUUUGUGGAAAUGAUGGAGGCAUAUAUCCCUGGUUUUGCAGAAAUCCACAGUGGGGAUGUUUGUGAAAUGAUGUUCUCCCUGUCAGAAAGGCUUUGUGAAGCUCGCAGCAAAGAAAAACUUGGCCAAAAGGCUGUGGAAAGCAGGAGUGAAGCAUCCUCUGAAGAUCUCACCAAGGGCCAGGAGGCUGGAGCUGGAGCCUGCAACGGGGAAAGACUGUGCACUGUAACAGACGGAGCCGGGGCCCAGGAAGGUGCUGACUUGAAGGAUGGGGUGGAGCUGCUCCUGGAGAUGUUCCCAGCCUGUACUGUGAGCCAGGCAGAGAAGGCUCUUGCCAUGACCUUGGGGAACUUGGAAGAGGCAGUGCAGUUAAUUGUGGAGGAGAAGGUGGAAAUUGGCCCAGCAGGUGCGAGUGUGAAGGAGCUGGCACGGCCCCGCAGAGCACCCAACCACGAGGAGCUAAAACAGGUCAUCCUACAGAAAUACAUGAUGGUGGAUAGUGCAGACGACCAGAAAACACAUCGGCCAGCUCCACCCAAAGAGGCUCCCAAGAAGUUGAUCCGCUAUAUUGAUAACCAGGUGGUGAGCACAAAAGGAGAGAGGUACAAAGACAUCAAGAAGCCUGAGAGUGAGGAGAUGAAGAGAACCUACAUCAGCCUAAAACCAGCCAGGAAGUAUAAGUUCCACUGACAGCCAGGUCCUCCAGCUCUUCAACCUUCCGCCUCACUGCCAGGCAUGGCAGGAUGGAUGUGUGGUGCUAGGAAUGAGGUCAACUCCACCUGCCACUAACUUGAACUAACCUGGAAGCCAGGACACUGCUUUCAGCUCCUCAACUAACCUGGCUGAGCAGACUUCUCUCCUUGUGUAGCUAUCCCUCUGCCCCCAGGGGCACACUGCAAUUGCUCUCCAGGACCUGGGCAUUCUCUGCUAUUCCUUGCAUGGGACAUUUUUAGAUCUGAGAUGUGGCAUGUGCUUUUGCAGCAACCUUUUUAACAAGUCUUUGUGCACUGUUGCUUUGAGUGCCAGUAUUAAUAAAGAUGAUGUGAGUCGGUGUGUAGUUCA